AUGAAUGACGAACAGUUGCGUGAACUCUUUUCGUCGUUGGCAACCCUGGCCCAACAGGGACCGGUUCCAGUGCAGGCGUACAGCAUCUUAAUUCACAACCACUCACCGGAAUCGUUGGCCGAUCUGUUACACCAACGGUGGCUCUCCGACACUCGAUUCAUAAACAUUGCGGCGAACAUUACAAAUUCUGAUGGACUUGCGUUGUCAUCGUGUGUUUUGGCUUUGCUUCUAAAUGACUACCGUAAUCGGCUGGAAAUGCGCCGCCGUUCAGCACUUAUGUUCAGGAACAGCACAUGUGCGCUAUUCGAGAUGUACACUGUUUUUCUUGAAUUCGAUCCCUUUGUGGCAAAAUGUCUGGUGAAGCCAAUGUUUCAAUCUUUGGAUAGUCUACUAGACGAACAUGCCCUUUCCGAAGAUUUAGAGGCAGCAGGAACAAUUCUUACAAACCACGGCGCGGCACUGAAUAAUCUGAAUUCAUACCUAAUUGAUCGUCUGAUUGUUAAAAUUCGUUCGAAAAUUUGUUCUGAUGACCAGCAGAUGAACUGCGGCGUCAGACGGAUUUUUCUCCACGUGCUAGAUUUAUGGGUUUGGAGCUGGAAUGAAUUGAUGAUACCGGAAUGCCUCACAAUCGGCUACUUCGAUAACGUUCCGUCAGUGGAAAAUUCAACACCUAAGCGUAAAUGUGGCAUUGAAAACAAGGAAUUUGGAAGUAAGGAAAGUGUUGUGUGA